AUGGCCCAGUCUCCAUCGGAGAACGAGGGCUCCCAAUUGUGGAAGGGGAAGAAUGGCAACAAUAAUAAUAGCCAGAGCGGGAGUAUCAAGCCUGAAAGCACCGGGGACGAUGCUGCUCGCCCAAAAGGUCGGAUCCGACGAUCCAUGACGGCGUGUAAUACCUGUCGCAAGCUUAAGACCCGCUGUGAUCUCGAACCGCGCAGUCAUGCUUGCCGUCGUUGUCUGUCCUUGAGGAUCGACUGUGAGCUCCCAGAGACCCCCGAGCGCUAUCAGGAAAAUGCGCUGGUUUGGUCAGAGGCGGCAGCGGUCAUUCCCGCCUCGAUUGAAGAUCGACUGAGCUCCCUGGAGCGGAGCAUGGGAGAGUUAACCAACAUGAUGCGCCAGAUGAUCGAACGAUUCCCGAAUCCAUCCAACAGCCCGGCGUCGCGGUCAACGGGAUGGUCCCAAACUACUGAACUAGAUGACUCCCGGUCGGAAGAGGGUGUCCACCUCUCUCUGUAUGUCCCGAAGCCCGUCCAUCUCAUCAGAGAAUUGCAGUCCGAGUUUUUCGGACGAAAAGAAGAUUUCGCAUCGGAGGCCCAUCUUCUAGGGGAUAUCGUAUCAAAAGGACUGAUUGAUUCGAAACUGGCCAAGAGACUCAUACAGCUAUUUGUUGAACAUUUUGGUCCCUGGAUUUCCGUGCAUGAUGUCUCCGACCUCCCGCAAAAUCUCAGGCAGAAUGAACCCUUCCUUUUUAGCACAGCCUGUUUGUUCGCCUCUCGUUAUGUGCCGGGUAUUCCUCUACCGGUAAUCCAUGCCAUGUACCUUCAAGUACGGCGUCUCUCAGCGAGUGUCUUGUGGAGUGCACCUCCUCUAAAGUACGAAUCUCUUCAAGCGUUGACGCUCCUUUGCCUCUGGACGGCUACUGUUCAGACGGAAGUUCCCAUGGAUAGCUGGCUACUCAGCGGAAUCUCAAUUAACCACGCCAUUAUAGCCUUUGAAUUCCUGGAUCGAAUACCAGCAGAACCUGUAGUAACUGAUGAUAUGCUCAAGAAGUUGCGCUUGUGGAACGCUCUAUGUUUGACCCAGCUACACUUCGCUAUUGGAAAUGCACGGCCUUUCAGCCUCCAACAGAAGUAUCUAGAUCAUUGCUCUCGGAUCCUUGAGCACCCAGGGGCAAGAUUCGAUGACGGGAAAAUGGUGGCUGAGAUUCAGCUGUACGCUGUCACCUUGACUCUUCAGAACAACAAUCAGCGCAUGCAACGUGGAGAGAUAGAGUAUGAUGAGAUCGAAAGAUGGAAAGCGGAUUGGGUGCAUCUUUUCACAGAUGAAUCUCACUCAACUCUCGACCUCGGUCUGCGGUUCUGUCAGUUAUUGCUAUAUCGAACGUCCUUGAAGCUAAGACCGGACCGCGAAAGACUCCUGCCUGAAAUCAUGAAGAGCUCCCGUACUAUUCUUUCCAGAUUUCUCCAGAUUCAACCAUACAUCGCCGUGGAUUUUAUCGACCACAUAUUCUUCGUGGUCGUCUACGCCGCACUGACUCUCUGCGAAUUCAAUAUCAUGGAUCCUCUAAUUGACCAGAUCCAAGCAUUUCUGAUCCACCUGUCUCCGAAUGAAGAGCACAUAGCGUAUCGGUUUGCAUGCAUUAUCAACGAGCUCAAGCGACGAUCAACCCAGAUUGUACCUCAGCCAUCUAGCGUGACCAAAACCGAGGAUUUUGCGGACUCGCGCAGAGUGACCACGGAAAACACCGAAUUCAUGUCAUCUUUGAUGGACACAUUACCGGAGGGAUACGGGUCCUUGGAGCAGCUGCUCGCUGGCUUCGUUCCAUCGCAGUCUGUUCCUGGCCCGGUGUACGGGAAUAUCCCCAUGACUACCGGAAUGGCAAAUACAGUCCUGCAGUCCUAUCCUUGCAAUAACUGA